AUGAACCAAUGGAAGCACUUGGACCAGAGCACAGGCCCCUCUUUAUCUAGACCAAAUUCCAAUGUGGCUCCCAGAAUGUCUAGUAGAGACUACGCUUCACAUCCAGCUGCUAUAAAAGGUCAUAUGUUAGCAACCUACUAUGUACAUCUUGGAACCAAUAAUGUUACAAGGACUACCCAUUAUUUGUUUUCACUAGCCAGUUUAAUGGACAGCUAUCUAAAGAACAUUCAUUUGCGGUACUAUGUUUUUCUCUUUACUGUGUUUAACUACAAGGAUCCAGUCCAGAGCAUUGGAAAGCACACAAUAGGAUGUGGUGCAUUUUACAAACACUAUCAGAACAAUUUUUAUAUGACAUUUAGGCCUGAUGAUGCAAACUACAUUAAUCAACAUGGGCCCUAUGACAAAAAUGGAAUUUCAGCAAUACAUUCUCUAUGUACUCAAGAGUGUAUAAGCUGUAUUGGUAAAAAUAAUCGAUAUUAUGUGUUUGUGUCUAUUGUGUUAACCAAUCGUGUUGGGAGAAAACUAGGUCUCAAUUUUGAUGAUGAGACUUACUGUUUUUGCCAGAGAAGGACCACCUGUCUUAUGUUCAGGGAACCUAAACUAACUGAUGCUUUCAGCAAUUGUUCUCUUGCAGAGCUAAACCAAAUACUCAAUACCCCCGGUGAGAUGCAUUGUCUUUUCCAAGACCAAGUUACUUAUAAAAAUAAAUCAGCAUUCUAUGAUUUUUGUGGAAAUUUCAAACUAGAUGAAGAUGAGCAAUGUGACUGUGGCUCAUUUAAACAAUGUUAUGCAAAUUCCUGCUGUAAGCCAAACUGCAGAUUCACACCAGGUAGCAUUUGUGAUAAAGAAUCAUGCUGUGUAAACUGCACCUACAGUCCUUCUGGGACACUUUGCAGAAGUAUCCAGAACAUAUGUGACCUUCCCGAGUACUGUAAUGGGAGUAUCAUCACUUGCCCCUUAGACUUUUAUCUGCAAGAUGGAACACCAUGCUCAGAAGAUGGGUAUUGCUAUAAAGGAAACUGCACCGAUCGCAAUAUACAUUGCAAGGAAAUCUUUGGUGUAAGUGCCCGCGCAGGAAGUAAAAGGUGCUAUGACAUCAAUAAGGAAAGCUAUAGAUUUGGACAUUGUCGGAGAAGACAAGAAAGCCUCAUAUUCACAGCUUGUGCUGAUAAGGAUAAGAUGUGCGGAAGGUUGCAGUGUACGAAUGUCACCUUCCUUCCACACUUGCAGGAACAUGUUUCAUUCCAUCAGUCAGUUAUUUCUGGGUUUUCCUGUUUUGGGCUCGAUGAGCAUCGAGCAACAGAAUCAACAGAUGUUGGACGUGUGAGAUAUGGUACUCCCUGUUCCCAAACUAAUUUCUGUGAUCGAGGAGGACACACUCAUGGAGUCAGAGAUCUCUGCGGGUCCAGGCAUGAGUCUGGGACCACCAAGGGAGUAGCCCAGAAACAGAGAUCUGCAGGUCUGGGCAUGAAUCUGGAACAUCCAUCGGAGUAG